GUUCUUUCUUUCUCCUUUUUCGAGACAAACUGUCUUUCUUAUUUUAUUUUCUGACUGCUUUAUACUUGCAAAAUGAGGGUUAGCGGUGGCAACCACGCCUAUUGAAAGCACCAGUCAGGAACACCCCUUGUCAACCACCACCGACUAUGAACCUGCGGCGACAAUCAGACAAAGCAAUUUCUUCUAGUCAGAGACACGUCCGGCAUAAUGACAGUCUGGCUGUUGUCUAGCUUCAGCAUCCUAUGCUGGGGCCUUAUUCUUGGGGGUGUAGCUGCUAUAGUAGUCGUCCUUCUUCUCUUCCGUGCCCUCAUAAUCUCUCACAAAACCACGGUACCGAAAUGGCGUCUCAAGGACUCUCCCACUCACCUUCUAGUCGUCCUAGGCAGUGGAGGUCAUACAGCCGAGAUGUUCUCCAUGCUACGACGCAUGGAACUUGAUCCUUCCAAGUAUACAUAUCGAACAUAUGUCGUGAGCUCAGGGGACAACUUCAGUGCCGCGAAAGCAGUGGAGUUCGAAACAGACUACUUGGGCCAGAGAUACAAUACAACAACCAAAGACGACGCUCAUGGAUCGUACGCCAUCGUUACCGUGCCUCGCGCUCGUCGUGUACAUCAAUCGUACCUGACUGCGCCCUUCUCUACACUUCAAUCUUUCUGGGCAUGUCUGCUUGUUUUACGAGGUCUUCACCCCGACCAGAAAUCACGCCCGUCAUAUAUCACCUCGCCAUAUCCUGACAUCGUUCUGACCAAUGGUCCUGCCACAGCUGUGUGCGUCAUAUUAGCUGCCAGGCUUCUCCGUCUUUAUAACUACCUGGCCGCUAUCUGUGGGUCCCGGCGAAAGCCAACUAGCUCAAGCUCGACACGGAGUGACUUACAACUACGCACAAUAUUCGUAGAAUCAUGGGCAAGAGUUACCACGCUGAGUCUCUCGGGGAAAAUUCUAUUACCCUUUGCCGAUCGGUUUCUCGUUCAAUGGCCUGGUUUGGGAGGGAAGCAACUGUGGAAGGGUAUGAGGAAGACAGAAUAUGUUGGUACGCUCGUGGACUGAGCAAAGCACAAAU